CUAAAUUUAAUCUGGUUUUGUUAAAAAAAAAUAGUCAAUAUAUAGCCUCAAUCAAAUAUGGCGAUCAAUAAAAACAAUAAUAAACGAAACCUUUUUGUAGGUAAAUACUGAUAUUGAUAUUUUAAGAGCGAAAACCUUCCACCUUACAUAAAAAGAUUUGCAGCCCUAACUUCUACCUUUUAACUAAUGGCUCUUAGAUAGUUUAGUAAUUCAUCUCUUAAGCUUCCGGUCAGCGUAGCGCUUUUAAGAGCGUGUAAUAGCGCCACCUAUCAGUGACGCGGCGACGCUACAUCUAUGCUCGCUAUGGCCAAACCGGAAGCGCCCCUGAAGUCUCUCCACUCGGACAAUCAGACGUACAUCACUUUUAUUAAUAACGCCAACCGGAAAGCUGAGGCGUUGUGGCUAAACUUCGAGGGGGAGCCGGAGUCCUACGGCGUGAUAGAGCCGGGGAGCUCGCAUCGGAUGCAAACGUUUUUGACUCACCCGUGGAUCUUCAGAGCGUCAGACGGAGCUAAACUGCUCGUUAACAACAGUGAAGUUUACUUUCCGACUCCCGUGCAGUAUGACGAGCACGGACACCCGCGCUUUCAGCCGGUCUUUGUGACCGAUCCAGUGUAAUCGUUACAAGAAUGGUGUAUACGGUUGGUGAGGAGCGUGGUGAGGUAAGAAGACACCUGCAAGCUGGAAAUCCCCGAGGGUUUGAGAAAGGACCUCGGGCGCGCUCCCGACCUGCUGAGGGACAUUCAGAUUUUAGAUCACUAAAUGGUUCAGGCUGACUGGUUUUUUUUAGUCAAACACAAAGUAGAACUCCUGUUAAUGUAUGCACAAGUUCUUAUUUUCACUUUGAACGUGGAUAUACACACACACACACACACACACACACACACACAUUAUUCUGUGUCCUUUUAUGUAAUUACUGGGCAUCAGCACUUUGUUAUAUUUCCUUUUGUACUGUAACUCACUGUUGUACAUGAAAACAUCAAAAAUGAUUUAAUAGAAUUUUAUUUAUUUAUUUUUACACCAAAGAACAUUAAAUUACACGACACCUUAGUUUUUACGUGUGACCAUUUUGUUCUCAAAUAAACAUCAGUGACCACAAUGUAUAUUUAUAUUUUAUUAUGAUGAAUAUUGCACUUUGUAUACAGGCAUGUAGAGGUCCCUGAAUAUUAUGUUCUCAAUUUAUUAUAAUUAUUAUUUUUUGUCUAUUAAAAUGAGCAGACUGACAUAAUGGAAAAUAUUUAGAUGCGUUUGAAACCGCAUGCUGCUUCAACGUUGUUUUGUGAAUGCAAAUAAAAACUACACUUUUUAAAAUCUUU